AUGUCUGUGGCAUGCAACGAGAAAAGUUAUGAAACUGCCGGUUACCUCCUAGAGAGCCAGCAGCUUUCCCAAGGUCAGGAUGUGAACUUAUGUAAACCCAAGGCAUUAAAAGUCGGCUCUUUUGUUGUUCUUUUUCAUGUCAGAUGCUGUUGGAUCUCACCUGCUGCCUGUGGUCUGGGUGGGACAGGCGGGCGCAGCUGGAGCGGGUGCAGCCCCCGCCCGGGGCGAUCCUCCCUGCGCAGCCUCUCCCCAGGGCUGGGGCUCUGCCCGGCUGAUCGCGGGGAAGCGCAUCCCCUCCACGGACCCCUGAGCACCGACCUGCCGCUCUGCGGAGGCAGCAAACCCACCGCAGCACCCUCUGAAGCCGUGGGGACAAGAAGGAACAUGCAUAAUCCUGCAGAAACCCCUGCUGGACACAUUGCUGAGAACCUUCUCAAAGCCAAAGAAAUAGCCCUCAAUGACUCUCGUGUACCUGAGCAGCUCAGGAAUUACUUACAAAAAGCUCUUGAUGUUGCUCUUGGACUAGACCCUUACCUGGAUGCGAUGGCAACUUCUAAGAGAAAAACUUCACCUGACCACGUUCCAGGGGAUGCUGAAGGAGCUGGAAGCAGAGUUAGGCUGCAGGAAGGACGUGCUUCUGGCUCACUGAAUGGCCAAAUUUUUAGGAUGUUGGUUCAUAUGAUCAGAGCCAGGAAGAUUUUAUUAAUUGGCAAGCUUAAAGGUUACAGUAUCCUUGCUAUUGCAGAGGAAUUGCCAGACGAUGGCAAAAUUUUUGCAUGUGCAGAAGCGCCGUAUCUGGGAGUGAACAGCCAGGAAGCAUUUGAUUAUUCUUCAGAUGGCAAAAAGAUAAGCAUGCGAGUGGGACCAGUGGCAGACACCUUGGAGGCAUUACAUGCUGAGGACGAGCACUUUGAUAUAGUCUUUAUUGAUGCUGAUCAAAGGAAUGCUGUUCACUACUACAGCUUUGUCAUGGAUAACCACUUGCUGAGAAUGGAUGCAGUGAUCUGUGUAGAGAAUACACUCAUGAAAGGACAAGUCUACCUGGAGAAUGUAUCAGAUGAAAAUGUACUAGCUGUCAGAAAAUUAAAUUCAGUGAUUAAUUCAGAUCCUCGUGUUGAGCAGGUAAUUUUACCUGUGCAGAGUGGACUGAGCGUCAUUCGAAGGAUCCCUGUACCUCCAGAUGCAGUGAUUGAAUCCAAGGAAGAAGUGGUGAGGGAUGAUGUUUUCUGGGGCUAUAACAGGCGGUGCAUCCUGGACCGGCUGCGUUUGGACGGCAAGGUGGCCUAUGUGACCGGCGGCGGGCAGGGCAUCGGCAGAGCCUUCGCCCACGCGCUGGGGGAGGCCGGGGCCAAAGUGGCCGUCGUGGAUCUGGUCCUUGCCAAGGCAGAGGCGGUGGUGAGUGAGCUCAGCCUCAAAGGGAUUAAAAGCCUUGCCCUGGCAGUGGAUGUGAGCAAGCCCGAGGAUGUGCAGAGGAUGGUGGAUGCAAUCGUGGCUCGCUGGGGCACGAUUCACAUCGCGUGCAACAACGCAGGAAUCAAUCUGAACUCUGCAAGUGAAGAGACUUCCCUGGAGGAAUGGGACAAAACUUUCAGUGUUAAUUUGCGAGGAUUAUUUUUGUGCUGUCAAGCUGCAGGCCGCAUUAUGCUGAAUCAAGGAUAUGGGAAGAUAAUUAACACAGCAUCUAUGGCAAGUUUAAUAGUCCCGCACCCACAGAAGCAGUUGGCUUACAACGUCUCCAAAGCCGGGGUGGUAAAACUAACACAGACGUUGGGAACCGAGUGGGUUGACAGAGGAGUAAAAGUCAACUGCAUUUCCCCGGGCAUCGUGGACACUCCGCUCAUCCGCUCCAAGGAGCUGCGGCCGCUGGUGCAGCGCUGGAUGGGCGACAUUCCCGCCGGGAGGCUGGCUCAGACCACCGACCUGCAGGCUGCUGUCGUCUACCUGGCCUCUGAAGCCUCUGACUACAUGACAGGCCACAAUCUGGUCAUCGAGGGCGGACAGAGCCUGUGGUGAGGGGCAUCCUCCAGCCUCCCCUCUCAGAGACACACAGGUCACUUUGGAGAGUGCGUAUUAGAGUUUAGCUUAGUCCCGGCUUUGGCUUGUGUGACUAAGUAGCCAGCUAAUAUGAAAUUAUUGUUUUCUUCUUUUGGGUGUUAAUUUGGAGACUUGUAUAAUGCAGAGGAAAAAAAAAAGGCAAUCUUUCAGUUCCAACAUUUUCAUGUUUUUCACUAUGCAGUCACAUUUCUGUUAAAUUAGUAUUUAAUGAUAUAAAGGCACAUUUACUGGAGUGAGAUUUGGCUAUUAUUUAGUUUAACAGGGGGCAUUUUUAAAGCAAUCAAUAUUAGCUGUUCUGUGCAGUUUAUUGUUCUUAGGCAAUUUUUUUAGUAUUCAAGUUGUUCCAGUGACAUCUGUGCGUGGUGAAAAACAGUUGGAUGUAGUGUUAAAAAAAAUAAAUUAGUUCAUUACAUUUGAACCUGAACAUUGCCAUUUUAUAUUUACUGGUGUUCUUUAAUUUUUGACAGUGUUUUUAUACAAACACCCACAUAAAUGCCCCUGAAAAAGCUGUACUGCACUUAAUAGAGAAUCACGGUCAGUAAUUAUAAUGGCUGUAAUCCAAAGCCCAUUGAGGUAAGUGGGGACUGCUCAUAUACUUCAAGUUAAAUGCAUGUUUAAGUGUUAAUACAACUGGGUCUUUGUUUUCCUUGAUAGGCAGAUGUAAGCAAAGGUUGUCUUCUAUAUAAUUUUUUCUCCUCCUGUAAAAUUCUGAAGACAACUCUUGGGUGUAAAUCAAGGCCAGCUCAAGUGAUAUUGAUACAGUUGUGUUGGCCAAAGACCUC